AUGUCGCCGCCGAAAUCUGGGAAGAGGGUCUUGAACGCAGCCCUCCCCUCGCCAGUGACCAACAAACGGUCGACAUCCACCGACGAUGCCGCCAGACACGACGGCACGGCUACCCCACCCAGCCAGCUGCUCACGAACAACGGCCUCGCCAGCCCCGAGCGCACGAAGCCCUCCGCCCACCACAGCGGCGCCUCCGUCGGCGCCGUUUCCUCCCCCCCGCAGGACACGCAGCCGUUCUCGCAGUUCAUCUACCCGCCGAACGACCUGACCUAUGAGGUGGCGGACGAGGAGUCCGAGGGGGUAUGGGGGUAUCUGGUGCCGGUGGACCGCACGUUCGGGGAGCCGUUGGUGCUGAGGCGGCGGGGGGCGUGUCCAAUUGGGGGAACGCCGCUGGGUCACACGGAUGGGAGGCAGAGGGUGGAGAGGGGGGCGUAUCUGACGGAGGAGAAGGAGUUUGAUAAGAAGAAGGUGGAAGGGGUGGCGAGUCGAGGGUAUUUGAUCGGGAGACACCCGGAAUGCGAUCGGAUCAUCGAAGGGCCCACGGUGUCGAACCGCCAUUGCCUCAUAUUCAGCGAGAACAAAGGCGGCGGCGCAACCGCCGUGAUCGAAGACCUGUCGACCAACGGUACGUACGUCAACGACACGCUGGUCGGCCGCAACAAACGCCGCGAGCUCAGCACCGGCGACGAGAUCUCCAUCGUCGAGGAGGCCCGCGCCAUCUUCCGCUAUCCCCGCAACCGUGAAACGAACCGCUUCCGCCAGCAGUAUGCGAUGCAGGAGCAAUUGGGAAAGGGGCAUUUUGCGACGGUAUAUUUGUGCGUGGAGCGGUCGUCAGGGAUGCGAUAUGCGGUGAAGAAGUUCGAGAAGCGAAGGGGGCAGGGCGAGCGGAGUAAGGUCGAGGGGCUGCAGCAGGAGAUUGCGGUGUUGAUGGGCGUCAGUCAUCCGGGUCUGCUGUGCUUGAAAGAUACUUUCGAUGAGGAGGACGGGGUUUAUAUCGUGUUGGAGCUCGCGCCAGAGGGGGAGCUGUUCAACUGGAUCGUGAUGAAGCAGAAGCUCACGGAGACCGAGGCGAGGAAGGUGUUCGUGCAGCUAUUCCAGGGCCUCAAGUAUUUGCACGACCGGAAUAUCGUCCAUCGAGAUAUCAAGCCGGAGAACAUCCUUCUCACUGAUAAGAACCUGACCAUCAAGGUCGCCGAUUUCGGCUUGGCCAAGAUCAUUGGCGAGGAGUCCUUCACCACCACUCUCUGUGGAACUCCAUCCUACGUCGCGCCCGAGAUUCUCUCUCCAACCCCUCAACGACGCUAUACGCGGGCGGUGGACAUCUGGUCCGCCGGCGUCGUCCUCUACAUUUGUCUCUGCGGUUUCCCCCCAUUCAGCGAUGAACUCUACAACCCGCAAAACCCCUACACCCUCGCGCAACAAAUCCAGAAGGGCCGAUUCGACUACCCCAGCCCCUACUGGGACACCGUCGGCGACGCGGCCCUCGACCUCAUCGACCGCAUGCUCACCGUCGACGUCUCCCGCCGCAUCGACAUCGACGGCUGCCUCGAACACCCCUGGACCACUGCCCAGCCCUUCGAGACCUGGGACUCCCAGGGCGCCUCGCAGGCCUCCCUCUCCUACUCCGGUAACAGCCAAGGCUUCCCCAAAAGCGCCGAAUCUUUCGCCUCUCUCGGCUCCCUGACCUCCCGCGUCGGCCACCUCGGCUUCGAAAACCGCCGCCAGGUCGGCCGCGAACGCACGCUCCUCGCCGCCCUUAACGACGUCACGGUCAGCCAUGUGAUCGACGAUCAGGCCGACGGGCGGAAGACGCCGAUCAAGGUGUUUCAGAAGAACGCGGGGGGUUCAGGGGGGAAGGCAGGCGCGUUGCAGCAGAAGAAGCAGAGGGAGGCGAAGCCGGGCGCGGGGAGGGACCCGGCGGAAUUCAUGGGGUUGGGUGGCGCGGUGGAUCAGACGUUGUAUGAGGAUGAGGAGGGGAGUCGGUACCCGGAUUCACCGGCGACUAUUGGCGCGAUGAGGGGGGAGGGUCAGUGA